AUGCUUGCUUACAUAUCCGUCGAAGUUCUCGUCUUUAAACUUGCUUGCUCAAAUGUGAAAUUGAGUUCGGAGGUCAUCUCACCUCUUGCUAUGCGUACACUGGACGACACAUAUCAAUCUUAUUUGCCGUAUAUUUGUUUGAUAGCUGUGAACUAUGGUUACCGUGGGUGGGCCCCCGAUUAUGCCGAAGCUAUUAAAUGCAUCAAACCCAGCAAAAGGCCUGUGGCUGUUCCAGUUAAGCUUUCUAAGCUUUCCACUGGAGAUUUUAUUUGGGCAUAUAUAUUUGGGUUUCAGUUAUCUAUAAUCCGAGAGCGCUUGUCCUUUUUGUGUUGCAGAAACAUGAACAGCCACUUGGAAAGGCUCGUU